AUGCUCGGACAGGGCAAGAAUGCAUGGCAAGCAGAGAUUGAUGCGGCUGCCGAACUGGCCGACUUCUACCGUUAUAAUGUGUCGUUUGCUGAGGAGAUCUAUUCGAGGCAGCCUAUGAACGAGCGCGGACAAGCAGGACGUACUGAGUGGGGUUCGCUGGAAGGUUUUGUCUAUGUAAUUUCGCCAUUCAAUUUUACCGCCAUUGGAGGAAACCUGAUCUCGGGCCCCGCGCUUCUUGGGAAUGUUGUUCUGUGGAAACCGUCUGCUUCCAACAUCUAUGCAAGCUAUCUGGUGUACAAAAUUCUUCGCGAGGCGGGCCUACCACCUAAUGUCAUCCAAUUCACUAACGGUGAUGCUGAAAUGGUGACCAAAGUGGCUCUCGACCACACCGAGCUUUCGGCAAUCGAUUUCACAGGCUCCUCCUCCGUCUUCCGCAGUCUGUUCGGCAAGAUCGCAGACGGCGUGAGGGAAAAGCAAUAUCGCGACUUCCCAGGCCUUGUUGCGGAGACAUCAGGGAAGAACUUCCACCUUGUGCACAAAUCUGCCGACAUUAGCAAUGCAGUAAACAUACGAUCCGCGCCUCCUUCGAAGCAAUUCUUGUCAGAAAUGAAGCACGAGUUGGCAAGCGUCAAAGUUGGUCCGCCUGAAGACUUUGGUAGCUUUACGGGUCCUGUCAUCAAUCAAGCAGAAUUCGACAAGGUUACCAAGGCUAUCGACGCCUCGAACAAAGAUAGUCAGCUUGAACUUGUCACAGGUGGUAAGUACGACUCUAGAGAGGGUUUGUACAUUGAACCUACGCUUUACGUUGCAAAGAAUGCCGAUCACCCUCUCUUUGACCGGGGGCUGUUUGGACCUGUGCUGGUAGCCUAUGUCUACCCUGAUGCUGAGUUCGACUGGGUCCUGGAAAAGAUUGACCAGAAGGGCGGAGGGUUUGCACUUACUGGAGCGAUUUUCGCCAACGACACAAUGGCGAUCCGCAAAGCCGAGAACAGAUUGCGCUACGCGGCUGGCAACUUCUACACGAACUGCAAGACGAAUGGCGCAGUAAUUGGUCAACAAUCAUUCGGAGGAGCACGAGGCAGUGGCACGAAUGACAAGGCCGGCAGUGCAAACAUGCUGAUGCGCUUCACAGCUCCUCGCACGUUGAAGGAGGAUUAUAACACUUUGGACAAUGUACUGUACCCAAGUAAUGCAUGA